CAACCACAAAAUUUUCAAAUUUCCGGGCUCCCUCCUCCCCCUCGCCGCCGGCCAUGGACGCCGACGAGAUGGACAUCGACGCCGCCGACGAGAUGGCAUCCCCGCCCUCCACCUCGGGCUCCCUCUCCGCCUUCCUCUCCGAGCUCGCCGCCCUCCACCGCCGCUCCGCGGGUUCCACCUCCCCGCCCCUCUCCCUCGCCUCCCUCACCUUCCUCUCCUCCCCGUCCUCCUCCUCCUCCCUCUUCCCGCGCCUCGCCUCCGCCGGCCUCCCCGCCUCCUCCCUCUCCGCGCCGCUCGCCGCCUCCCUCUCCUCCGCGCACCCGCUCCCCGCCGCGGUGGCCUACCUCCGCCUCCUCCUCGCCCCGGCCUCCCCGCUCCUCUCCCUCUUCUCGCCGCUCCCCUUCCUCUCCCUCCUCCACGCGCUCCGCAAGGCGGCGUCCGCCGCGGGGCACGAUGGUGCUUCCUACCCUGGUUCCGGCUCCGGCAACGCCCGGAACCGGAAGCGGAAGAACCAGCAGCGCCAGUCGCCGGCGCAGGCGCCCCCGUCGCUCCUCCCCAAGGCCCUAGCCCUUCUCGCCGAUGCCGCGGGGAGGCUGCCCCUCGAGGAGCAUCCGGACGCGCGGAGGUCGCUCGUCGACACCGCCGCAGAGCUCGCCGCCUUCGAUAUCCUCGUCGCCGUACUCGGAUCUGAUUACUGCGCCGAGGCGGUGCCUGAUGUGGUGCGUGCGCUAGCCCCGGUGGCGCUCUCGGGUUCGAAAUCGGCGGCGCGGGCGGCCGCGGUGGAAUUCUUAGCGAGAAAAGUGGUGCCAUUGGGUGCGGAGGGAGGGGAGGACGGGGUGAGGAAGGCGGUGGGGUACCUGCCGAGGUAUUUGGCGGCGAAGGCACCGGAGAAGUCGGAGGCGAGGGCGCUGGCGGUGGAGGCCAUAGUUGAGGUGCUGCGAGCAAUGGGGCCAUUGGAGAUUGAGGGAUUCGCUGGGUAUGUGGUGGCUUUGGCGAAGGGGAAGGCGAAGGGGCGGCUGCUUGCUGUGGAUUUGGUCUUGGCGAUGCUGCCAUUGCUGUUGCCAUCGGGAGGUGAUGAUUGUGGUGUGAGGGAGGGUUCUUGGGGGCUGAAGUUUGUCCGGGUGCUUGUGGAGAGAUGCUCGGAUACCGUGGGAGGGGUCCGGGCUCGAGCCUUGACGAAUGCAGCUCAGGCGCUCGAUGUUUUGUCUGAAAGAGGCAUGGAGGUUGAUCGGUUGCAGGAGGUGAUGAGAAUUGGGAACAUGGGCCUUGGUGAGUUGCUGAGGCGGCGGUGCACUGAUGACAAGGCUGCUGUGAGGAAGGCUGCACUUGUGCUCAUUACAAAGUCAAUCAGAUUGAUCGGGAGGCCUGUUGACGAGUCGCUGCUCGCAGCAACGGGGGCUGCGUGCUCUGAUCCUCUAGUCAGCAUACGCAAAGCAGCUCUUGCAGCUGUCUCAGAAGUGUUUAGGAACUUCCCGGAUGAAAGGGUGACAAAAGAGUGGCUUCAGGUUGUGCCACCUCUGGUAAUAGAUAGCGAGACAAGUAUCCAAGAGGAAUGUGAGAAUUUGUUUCUUGAAUUGGUUCUGAACAGGAUAUGUCAAGCUGCCAAUCUAAAACUAACUGAUGAUUCUUAUGACAUGCUGGAAGUGUUUCCUGAAGGGACACUGGAUUUGCUGAAAAGCAUCUGUGAUGGAGAAGUUGUACCAUGCAUAAAAAGGAUAUGUACAAGCCUUGGGAAGAAGAAAAAACUGAAACCACUGCUUGCAAGUUCGUUGCAGAACAUCAUAACAAUAUCUGAGUCCUUGUGGUUGAGAAGUCAUAGGCCAAUUGAGAAGUGGACUGCACCAGUCGGGGCAUGGUGGCUUCUUUCUGAGGUCUCUUCAUUUGCACCAAAAUCAAUUAACUGGAAAUUCCUCUCACAUCACUGGAAACUCCUUGAUAAUGUUGGCCAAGAAGAUAAAGACGAAGUUUGUACUAAAGGGGAACCAAAUUCUGCACUCUGGGCUGUGGAUCGUGUUUCACUCUUGCAAACUAUUUCAAAUGUCUCCAUGGAGUUGCCUGUGGAACCUGCAGCAGAACUUGCACACAGCUUUCUCUCGCGGAUUGAGAAUUUUGACAUGCAUCUUAGUGAGGUUGAUGCUCAUGUUAAAUCUCUGAAAACGUUAUGCAAACGAAAAGCAAAAACAGCUAAGGAGGGUGAGACAUUGAUCCUGAAGUGGGUACAACAACUUAUAUGUAAAGUUGUUAACAUUCUUGACGGCUACAUAAAGGAGACAUCAGAGGCUGCUAGGGGUCCUAAAUUUUUUACACCUUUGAGUGGAAAACUCAAGGGAAGAAAAGACACAUCUGCACCAAAGUCAAUGUCACAAGCAGUUACUGCUGUAUUCACCCUUGGAUCACUGAUCCUAGCUUGCCCUAUUGCUAGUGUGCAAAAUGUUAUUCCUUUGCUGCACACAAUCAUAACAUCUGGAAACGCUGAGCCAAGGCCAAAAAAUCUUGCUGGUGGUGCUGUUUCUUUCAAAGAUCUAGCUCCAUCUUUAUAUAUACAAUCCUGGGAUACAAUGGCAAAAAUAUGCCUUGUGGAUGACAAACUUGCAAAAAGAUAUAUUCCACUUUUUGUUCAGGAGCUCGAGAAGAGUGAUUUAGCUACCCUUCGGAAUAACAUCAUGAUUGCAAUGGCGGACUUUUAUGUCCGUUAUACUGCAUUGGUUGACUGUUAUAUGUCAAAAAUAACAAAAUCGUUGCGUGACCCCUGCGAGGUAGUGAGGAGACAAACAUUUAUCCUACUGUCAAAGUUGCUGCAGAGGGAUUACGUAAAGUGGAGAGGAGUGCUCUUCCUUCGGUUCCUGCCAUCUUUAGUUGAUGAGUCAGAGAAAAUAAGGCAUCUGGCGGACUUUCUUUUCGGGAACAUCUUGAAAGCUAAGGCGCCACUCCUUGCAUAUAACAGUUUCAUAGAAGCUAUUUAUGUCCUAAACAGUUGCUUUGGUCAUGGUGCAAAUAAUGAGUCUCAGGGAAGGUCAGACGUAGGACCAACCCUUUUUACAAUACGAGGUACUGACGAAAGAUCGAGGUCAAAACGAAUGCACAUAUAUGUAUCUUUGCUGAAGCAAAUGGCACCAGAGCAUCUUUUAGCUACUUCAGCCAAGUUAUGUGCGGAGAUCUUGGCAGCUGCUUGUGAUGGCUUGCUUAAUGUUGAUGAUGCAGCUGGAAGGGCUGUACUUCAGGAUGCUCUACAAAUACUGGCAUGCAAGGAGAUGCGCAUCCACCCCAACAUCUGCACGGACAGUUCCGAGAUGGACGAGGAAGGCGGCGAUGGCGGGCCGACCAGCGCUGCUCUCCAGGCGGCCAAAGGAAGAGCCGUCACCCAGGUGGCGAAGAAGAACCUGAUCCAGAUCGCCAUCCCCAUCUUCAUCGAACUGAAGCGGCUGCUGGAGGGCAAGAACAGCCCGCUCACCGGCUGCCUGAUGGAGUGCCUGCGAGCCCUGCUCAAGGACUACAAGAGCGAGUUCGACGAGAUCCUGGUGGCCGACAAGCAGCUGCAGAAGGAGCUCCUCUACGACAUGCACAAGGUGGACGCCGCCGGCAAGGGCAAGGCGGCAAAGGUUGCGGAGGCUGGACCCAGCAGAGCCUCGCCGGCGAACGACGGCGGCGGUGGCGGCAAGAAGGUGGUGGACGGCUCGGCGAGGGCCACGGCGAGGUCGGUGCUCAAGGAGGUGAACCGGAACACGCCGACGCCGCCGCUGCACUCGAUGAGCGUGCCCAAGGUGAGGUCCAUGCUGGGCGGCGGCGGCGGCGCCGGCGCGCUCACCGGGUCGCGCCGCCCCGCCGUGCUGGACUCGGUCCGGCGGCUCGAGCCGUUUGGGUCCGACGAGGAGAAUUAGCGUGCCGUGACAGAGGAUUUAGGUUUGGCGUGACGACCAGUACAAGUAUUAGGUUGUGUUUAUGAUGCUGACCGAUCGGUUUAGGAGAAAGUAAUAACAGGCUCAGUUUCUCACUGACGAUUUGUACAUAUAUAUCUAACACACUUCAUUGAUGUUUGAGAGGGAUGAAACAGUUUCUUACCAUCUAUCCAUAUGGAUGUCGCAUACUCGCAU